AUGUUGAGAGCUAUAAAUUGUCAAGGAGAAUACAAGGACUCGGAUUUAAUUGCAAACUUGAUUAUUGAAUCAAUCAAAGAAGUUGGAUAUGAAAAUGUACUGCAAGUGAUUACCGACAAUGCUCCCAUUUGUUCAAAAGCCGGUGCAAUGAUAGCAAGUAAGUAUCCUACUAUUUUUUGGACACCAUGUGUAGUUCACACAUUAAAUCUUGCUUUGAAGAAUAUUUGCACACCUUCUAAUUGCUUGAGCAAUCUAGAUGUAUAUGAGCCAUGUUCUUGGAUACAACCUAUUGCAGAGCAUGUUAUGUAUAUUAAAAACUUCAUAAUGAAUCAUGGAAUGAGAUUAGUUAUGUUCAAUGAUCAGUGCCCUUUGAAGUUGCUUUCGGUUGCUCCCACAAGGUUUGCAUCUACGGUUAUUAUGUUUAAGAGGUUUAAGGAAAUCAAGAAUGGUUUGCAACAAAUGGUGAUUAGUACAAAGUGGGAUGAUUAUAGAUUAGAUGAUAAACCUAAGGCGGCUAGGGUAAAGGAGAUGUUGUUGGAUGAUUUAAUGUGGGAUGAUAUUGAUUACAUUCUUGAUUUUACCGAGCCUAUGUAUGAGAUAAUUAGGAAGGCGGAUACCGACAAGCCUUGUCUUCAUUUGAUGUAUGAAUGGUGGGAUAAUAUGAUUGUUCAAGUGAAGAAAGUUAUCUAUAGGAAAGAAAGAAAAGAACUUCAAGAAGAAUCUCUCUUUUGGAAUGCGGUUCAUAAAGUGUUGAUGGCUCGUUGGACUAAGAGCAACACGCCACUUCAUUGCUUGGCUCAUUCUUUGAAUCCCAAGUAUUAUAGUUCGGAAUGGCUUAGUGAAGCUACUCAUCGUGUUGCUCCUCACAAAGAUUUAGAGAUUACAAGAGAAAGGAAAACAUGUCUCAUGCGGUACUUUGCCGAUGAAGAUGAGAAGAGAAAGGUUAACAUAGAAUUUGCCAAUUUUUCUAUGUGUAUGCAAGAGUUUGGAAGUGGAGAUGCUAUGAAGGAUAGAUACUUAUUAGAGCCAAUUACAUGGUGGGCAAUCCAUGGAGCUUCGGCACCCACUCUUCAAGGAGGUGAUCAAUUUGAAUCCUUAGAAGACAUUAAUGUUGGAACACUUGAGAUGGCUAACCUUACACUUGAUGAACCACAAUUGGAGGGAUACUUAUUUGAUGAUGUUGAUGAUGAUGAUGCUAUAGGAAUGGAGAACAUUGUGGAGGAUGACAUUGGAGUUGAAUGA